AUGUCAGGUUUUAUUACAAAAAGGUUGAAGGUCUGUGUUUGUAGACCUUCAACUAAAUGGAUUUGGGGAGGGAAGAGAGUCACCUCAUUUUCCUCCCCGAUCUUUGUUUGUGUUGUAAUAUACAUAUUUUGGUAGGUAUUAAGUGGCUUUCUCAGAGCUGAUUGGGCGCUCAGGUUGGCGCGUGAACGCCCUGCGAUUAUGUCAGAUCGCGUGCAGAGCGAACCAGCCCAGCCUUUGAACUUCACCGCUUUUGGCUCUCAUUCACGAGCUUCUCCUCAUUUGCCAGCCAGGUGCUUCGCGGGGCGAGAAUUCUCGGAGAAAAACAACAGCGCGUAAACAGACAGCGGAAACUUCGCUUGGCGCGCUGGAUUUUGUGGCGCGCUUGGUUUUUCUUCUCUCAGCCGAAUAGUGUCGUUUUGAAAAAGAAAAAUCUUUCAACUUUACCACAAACACGGAAGAAUAACUGGAUUUGCCCCCAUUAAUGCCGUUUUCGUACUCCUGUGGCUCUCCAGACGUGGCAUGAUCCGUGUCUGUCUGCAGGACAGGUGAAUACUAUUUUCUCUUGGUUGGUUGAAGAACCUUUUUUUUUUUUUUUUUUUUUUUUUUUUUAAACCAGGGAACCGUAAAAAUGUCAAAGCCGGUAGAUCACAUAAAGAGACCCAUGAACGCCUUCAUGGUCUGGUCAAGAGGCCAGAGGAGGAAAAUGGCACAAGAGAAUCCCAAAAUGCACAAUUCAGAAAUAAGCAAAAGACUUGGCGCCGAGUGGAAGCUGCUCUCUGAAUCCGAGAAGCGACCGUACAUCGACGAGGCCAAGAGGCUGAGGGCUCAACACAUGAAAGAACACCCAGACUACAAAUACAGACCCAGGCGCAAACCCAAGAACCUCCUCAAGAAGGACAGGUACGUGUUUCCUCUGCCCUACCUGGGCGACACGGAUCACCUGAAAGGAUUUUCGGUCUCAGCCACGGACUCGCUCUUAGGUUCGUCGGAAAAAGCCCGUGCGUUCCUGCCACCCACAUCAGCCCCUUACUCUUUCCUCGACCCGAGCCAGUUCAGCUCCAGCGCUAUCCAGAAGAUGACAGAGAUGCCCCACACUUUGGCCACCAGCACUUUACCUUACGCAUCAUCUCUGGGAUACCAGAACGGCGCAUUCGGGAGCCUGGGUUGCCCCAGCCAGCACACCCACACCCACCCGUCGCCCACAAACCCUGGGUACGUGGUACCGUGUAACUGCACCGCAUGGUCGGCAUCGAGUUUACAGCCGCCUGUUGCCUACAUACUGUUCCCAGGUAUGACCAAGAGUGGGAUUGACCCGUACUCAUCAGCACAUGCCACUGCUAUGUGACUCCACCACUAAAAACAGUCUCUUUUGAAAACUUGAAUACAGCAAUGCAUGUACAUAAGAAGAGAAAAAUGAUCAAGACAUUUAUAAUGAGGCCGUGUAGACAUGAACUUUUCACCGUCUACGGGAGGUUCAUUGGAUCCCAACUUGGAUCUCGGAAUAAAUGUAAGGCAGGUGCCCAGAAUUGUAAGAAAUGUAAAUGUUCAAACGUUUAUUAUUAUGGCUACCGGAUUUGGAUGCCUUUCAUUUUAUUUAUUAUGUACAAUUUGAUGCUAUAAAAAUGCUACUUUUGUUUGAACACUUAAUAUAAUUGUUGUUCUCAUCAUAUUAUGAGUAUUAUUCGAAUGACUUUAAUUUGCACAAAUAACGGUUAGGAUUCAUGUUUCUUGUACAGCCUGUUGUAUUUACCGUUCUUUUUUGGCACUCUGAAAAUCAAAUGAUAAGACUUUAAGGAUUUCAAACUGAGGAUUUUAGCGUUUAAUAGAUUAAUACGGGUUAUAUUGUUUAUAAUGAUCAAACCGGCACCUAAAAGUAGGCGGUAUAUUUAAAAAAUAUCAAAUGAAAAAGAAAAAUUUCCAUCAAUAUUUUUAAUUUGGGCAUUAUUUCCCCCUGUGGUUUAGCGAUAGUCACUCGUUCAUUUGAUUUCAGAAGGAACAUAAAGUUUGAAGCAAAGCAGUUCAUGUUGUAUUUUCUAUCUGCGAUGGUAACUUAAAUCCUGUCAUGUAAUGGAAAGGAAAAUGUAUUUAAAAGGCUGAUACCUCGAUUCUUUGUUCAUUUGCCGAGCAAAGACUUUUUGAAUAAAGACAAUCUGUCUUAAAAAUGCAUAACACUUGUUAUAUAACCUAUUUAAACGAUUUAUGAAUUUUCUUUUUUACUAUACUCUUAUACAGUCGUGCCAAAAGGUAACAGGCAUGUCAGUAAGUACGGUGAUCCCCAAACAUGCGUUUUAUGUUUUUCUCUUCAGCUGUAUACUAAUUUCUGCAUUAAAAUAUAAUGAUUUAUUUUCGAACAGAAAUAACAGCACAGGCCUUAACUGCUGAAGAUAAAACUGAAACUGAUCUCGCACCGAAUAGAUAUCUUCAAUAAUUAUUUUCUCAAUCAGCACUGCUUAAAUAGUCAACGUUUCGGCGGACCCUGUCUAAAAACCAUCUGGCAUUUCGACGUAGAUUUGAGAUGAACUCUGUCAGCGCGUGGCGUUCCCGACUGCUCUAUAGGGACCCCCGGUCCAAAUUAAAAGGCAAAACAAUUACUGUACAGGGACGCUUAGGGAAACUGAGGGCGAACAUGAAUUGUGAUUUACCCUGAGACCCACAAUAGGAUGGAAAUUGCACUGAAGACGGGGUGGUAGGAGUAUGAGCCAUGCCAUUUAGUAUUACAAAACAAUUUCCAAUAAAAACAAUUGAACAGGUGCUUCAAAAUCGAUUUUCGCCUACAAACGCGCUAUGACACAUUGGAGAAGACUGCAGAUGUAGAGGCUGCCAGUUUGCAUUACCAUCUAUAUUUUCCAGUCGGCUUGUUGACAUUUUUCUUUCUUUCUUUCUUUCUUUCUUUCUUUCUUUCUUUCUUUCUUUCUUUCUUUCUUUCUUUCUUUCUUUCUUUCUUUCUUUAGUAGCUACAUUUUGAGUUUGAAGUAGGCCUACGUUUAGUAUAUUGUCAACUCACAUUUUCCUGUAAAACGCGCGAGUUGCUGUGUUCGGUAUAAAACUUUCUGCAUUCAGGUGUGUGUCAUGUCUCUGCAACAAAGCGAUCACACUCUUUGAUGUGUGGUUGUGUAUCAGACGUUUCACCCUUCAGGGAGUGUAUGCUUGUUCCACCUGUUCCCCAAGAUCAAUCCAACACUUUACCGUCAGAAACACACUGCUAUAACUCUCUCAAAACAAAUUAAUUAAUAACUUCUUUACUUAGUAAGUCUGCAUGUAAAAUGUGUUUUAUGGCGUUACUUUGAUUUUACUAGCCUUUAAAUUAUUAUCCCCUCCCGUAAA